AAAUAUUCCAAUUCCAAAGUCCAAUCCCACCAAUUCUGCAACUAUAAAUUCUCUGUUUUUUAAUUCUUCUUUCAUCUCUUCACUAUUUCACUUCUCUCUCUCUUUCUUCUUCUUCUUCUUUCAUUCCUUUCCCACUUUUUUUACUGCAAAAUCGAAUGACAAAAACAGAAGAAUAAUCUCGUAGCCACUGCAACUCACAAAACAAGAGAGAAAGAACAAAAAGAAGUUGCACUGAGACACCGUCAUCAUCUUCAUCAUCAUGAUUCCCGUUCCUCAAGAAGAACCAAGCUUAGAUUUCAGACCCUCUUUUGUUAACAAUAUCGUCACUGAUUUUCUCUCCCAUCUUUCCUCCAUCCCAAAUGCCUGCAACAGGAUGUCCUUGCUCCAGGAAUUUCUCACCAGAUUGGAACUUGAAUUGGUGAAGAUCCAAGCGUUCAAACGCGAACUUCCUCUCUGCAUGUUCCUCUUAAACGAUGCUAUUUCAGCUUUGAAGGAGGAGCUAGCGAAAUGCAGAGCUUUAAAGUCUGAGCCUGUUUUGGAGGAGUUCAUUCCUCUGAAGAGAGAGUAUGAGGAGAAGGAGGAUAGUGAGAAGGAAGAGGAAUGCAGGGACAAGAAUGAUUGGGUGAGUUCUUUCCAGCUUUGGAACACAGAAGAUGAAGCUUGUAAUAGGAGCAAGGCAUGUAGAUUGGAACAGAAACAAAAGAAGAGUAAAGGAGAAGAAAGAAAAUCUGUGGAAAAGGACUAUUUCCGACAUCAUAGUAAUAGAAAUGUAGAGAGGGGAUUUGUUAUGCCUUUGUCCACUUACCUUGCAACAGAGGAAGAAUGUGUUAUGGAUGGACUUUCUCUUAAGACACCUGCAACUGCAGUCAAAAACACAAGGGAGGGACGUGGUUCCAGAAUCAGCUCUUGCAGGGUGGUUUCCUCCGCCACUUCGCCCAUGCUGCUGCCGCAAAGUGGCCGGAAACAAAGGAGGUGCUGGUCGCCGGAGUUGCAUCACCGCUUUGUUAAGGCAUUAGAGGAGCUUGGAGGCUCUCAAGCAGCUACACCAAAGCAAAUUAGGGAACUCAUGAGGGUUGAUGGCCUGACCAACGACGAAGUAAAGAGUCAUUUACAAAAAUACAGACUUCAUACAAGGAGAGUUCCAGCUGCUACAGCUGCAAAUUCUAGUAUCUCUGGUGCAGAUCUUGGAGGUUUGUGGAUGCACAAAGAAUCAAUGAAGGGUACAAGUUCUUGUUCUCCUCAAGGGCCUCUCCAAUUCGCUACACAAUCUGGGGAAACGACAUCCACAACAGAAGGUGACAACAUGAUAGAUGAUGAUAUAAAAUUAGAGGAGUUUCACAUCUACUCAAGAACAACACAUGAUUACAUAAAAGAGGAUGGAUCUUCGGAGAGAGGCUUUUGAAAUUUUGAAGGACCAGUUUUCCUUCCAUCCAUGAGUUUUGAUAUGAUACUCUGAGGAAAGAAUAAGCUUUUUCACAUUAAGAAGCAGGAGCAGUUGAUUUUUCCAAUAUCACAAUGAUCAUUCAUUUCUUCUUUUGCCACGAAAUCAUUAUUAUAGAGCUGAAGGAGAAAACUCCGGCACGUCUUUGAAGGGAUUUCUGCAGUUAUAGGUGGAUUUUGGAGUUUCAUGAUUUCAUGGUUGACUUAAUAAGCUUAGAUUAUCCAUGUCUGAAAACGGUACUGAUUGUAGCAGAGUCAAAAUAAGUUUAUGAUGUAACUCCCAGUUUUGUUCUCUAUUUUGUGUAUUGUAAUAAUAGUGGUGAAGGAUUGUUCAGCUUUUAAUUUGGAAUACCUUGAUUGAUGCUCUAUCAGUGUUGGAGGCAAGGUAGGUUAUGAAAUUUGUCAUCAGGGUGAAUUGUAAAUAUUUCAUAAUAGCUAGGGAGUGAGAGAUAAAGAAAAAAAAAAAAAAAAGCUUGAUACAAUUUUGUAUACAAAGUCCACAAGACUGUCAGAAAACUUGUUAAAAUAUGAUUUUGAUAAAAGGAAAAGAAAUAUUGUUAAAGUC